AGACAAACAAAGUGUCGUAGUGCAACCGUGGGAUCGUGAUCCCCAGAGACAACGCAAGCCAUGAAUGAGAUUCUGAAUGAUGUGUACGCCCAUGUUGAGAUGAGGGAUGAUUGUCCAUCCACAGAAGAAUCAGAUAUCAGCACAUUCUUGGAAUAUGCACGAGAUGUGAUUGCAGAGAACAACCGUUCAUACGACUCGGCGUCUUUUUUGGAAUUCGAGAACCUCCUUCAAGAAUGUGCAGCAAAUCAUUUCUUGGAUUCCAACGGAGACGGCAUCAACGAUUCAAUGACAUCAGAGUCAACUUAUAGUGGAUAUAUGAACGAUGGAAGUGAAAGCGGUAGUCGUUACAAGAAAACUCCACUCCUUAAGGACGACAUCAUGUCUGACAAUGCAUACAAUCGUAUGAAAGGAAUCAUCGCUCGGAAGAGAACGGCGUCUAACCGAGCUACCAGAAUCGAAGAAAUUGAUGCAGUUACAAUAACAUCAAAUCACGACGUUUCUUCGUUCUCGUCUAGAAAUCAAUCUGAAUCCGACGUAACAGACAGCGAGGACGUGAUCACGGAGUUGAUGGUGUCUAAAAUGAAUAGAUUGUCGAGUUACCGACAACGAUGUGACUCUGAUUCUAGCGACUCCAUUGCCGAUAACACAGCUGUGCGACAAAUAAGACAGAGGAGAGCUCGUAGGAGAUCAAAUAAAAAGAAAUUGAGAGGAGAAUCGCUUAGCGGCAACGACCCAAAAUUUCUUGACGAUGAAAGAUUUUCUGCGAUACUGGAAAGUCCUACGAGGAAAGAUCAAGCUCUGUCUUUCCUCAGUAGGCGCGCUCCCGAUCUUUAUGAUUCAGUCGUAGCUCAUUUGGAUCGUGCUUGCGAUGACGGAACGACGUUUCGUGAAAAUGACUUUGCUAAUCAUCCUUCCGAAGAGCAAAGUCUGCAACGAAACUUGGAUAUGAUAUCGAUCGAAUCUAGUACCAGAGCGAAGCUGGAAAUCGACACUACGAAUACUAUUCUACCAUCAUUGGUGAAGAAGGGUAUUGUAUACUACGAUCUUCCGAAAAUUGAACGAGCGCUUGAUAGAAUUGUGCAAAAAAUUGAUGUAACGAAGACGAAGCAAAAGAUGUUGAACCAGCUUGUUGAAAGAUUUGAAAUGGAAAGAGGAGAAAGAAACUUGGGACAAAAGGGUAUGGCGUCGCUCCACAAGUUGCGGGCAAGAAAAAAGGCGACUUUGCAGGCUAAGUUUCUUCGGUACGCUCGAGAACAAAAGUAUCAGCACCAACACAGCUUUGAACUGCAGUCUUCGAGUACUGGCACAGAUUAUUCUUCCGAACCAACGACGCUUGGUGCAUCUGAUUCGGAGGCAAUAGUUAGAUUGGUACAACACAAUCCUCUCACACAACCCCCUGUGUCAGCAGCGCCCGUAUUAACGUCCAGUGGAGAAACAAAGCGCUUGAAAAAGCUCCUGGAAAAAAGAAAACGAUCUAUAUCGCAUUCUCGGAAAUUUCGAGAGAAAAAAAGUCCGCUCGAGAGUCAAUUUAUGGAACAGUGUCUGAAUUCCUAUCGUUUGGAAGAGACUGCGUCGAUUUCAAAGUCUUCGCCAUUCUAUAAAAUAUCGUUUAAUCGACCCAAAGGAGACGCAAACUACGAAGUGUUAUCACCAGAUUCUUCAUUGACUAAUGACAUCUCUCUCACUUCGGAUUAUUUCUCGUCCUCUGUCGACGACAUCAGACCAAGGUACAACGGUGAAAUUCAAGUGCAGUCCUCAGAUGACAGUGCGUGGUCCGAAAUGUCGUUUCAAUCGGAAUCUAACCGAUUCACUGUAUCAUCAACGGCACCGUUGCUAGAAAAAGGGAACCGAGGCCAUGCCGGUCAAAAGUUCCAAGUACGAAGGCCUCUUUCUGUUCAAACUAAACACUCGAAAACCAUCAACGAUUCUUUCGAAGACAUUGUUCUCAGAAAUACCCCAAAACCAGGCAGUAAAGGCUGUUGGAUUCUCUUCGGGGGAGGAGAUUCACCCACGGGUGUUGAGGACAUUUUUUCACUACAGGAAGGAAAAGGCAUCGGUGAUGCUCUUGCAUUUGUUGACGACGACGAAGGAGAUCAUGUGUUCGCAGACAAGGACGAUAGUUUUCUGAUAAAAUCAUUCGAAGAAAUGGAGAUUUUACCAGAAUACCACCCAGUCUUUUUCAGUCCAAAUAGGUUCGAAAUUUGAUGAAUAACAAGUAAAGCAAUCC